GCUUUGUUCUUCGUGCGAUUCAGUUUGCUGAAGAAGAUUCUGGAAAAAAAAAUCAGUUAUCUCAAUUUGAUUCGUGUUCUUGAAACAAAUUGAAUCGAUUCAAACACAUGAAACCCUCAGUGAACCGGCCUCCGACACCUGAUGAAGACGAUGCACCGGAAAGUUUCGAGAAAGACGAGGUCACGCUUCGAGAAAUCAUCAACGUCAAGUUGGUGGAGAGUGGAGAGAAGGAGAAUCUAAUGGAGCUUGUGAGAGAUAGAUUGGUGGAGUGUGGUUGGAAAGAUGAGAUGAGAAUUGUUUGCAGGGAGCAUGUAAAGAAGAAAGGGAGAAAAGAUGUUACAGUCGAUGAACUGAUCCGAGUGAUCACUCCAAAAGGCAGAGCUUCAGUACCUGAUUCCGUGAAGGCAGAGCUGUUGAACAGAAUCCAAAACUUCAUUGUAUCAGCUGCUCUUUGAUGGUGUUUUGACAAUGUUACUAUCGAAGAUGGUGUUUGUCUAUAUAUGGCUGUGGUUUCUACCUGUAGCCAAACACUAAACCAGAGAGCAAACAUACCAUCUUUGCUGUUGUAGAAUUAGCCAUUUCAUAUUCCUUUUUGUACCAAAUGAAACGUUAAGAUCCUAAAGAAAAUGUUGUCCCAAUUGCCUUUUAUUCAGAUCCUUUAUGUUAUGGUA